AUGGCAGCAGUUAGCGCGGCGAUGUUUCGGCCCGGGGGCGCGCUAGACCCCCCAUGUUACGGUCAAAGGAUCUAUGAAACACCGGAAAAUACGCGUCCGAAAAAAUGGUCCUCGAAACUAAAAUUAAACACAUCAAAUAGUUCGAAAUCCUCGGAAAAAUCUCCUGAUAGUCCAUACAUGUAUGGUACUAUAAGUGGUCAAGGUGGAUCAGCUUUAUCCAAAUCGAUGAAGUAUGCGGAGACAUGGUUGUACGGGUCGGUGAGGACCCAAACUCCACCAAUCAGACCUAGCGUGUUCUCAGCCUAUUCUGACGUUCCUGGAUCUGUUUUAAUUAGUACUCCUCAAAAACCUACUCCACACAACUAUGCUGUUAUAUUAUGUUCCUGUCCUGAAUACCUUAAUGGUACUAAAAAAACCAGCUCAACCAAAGUCAGUAUAUGUAAGAAAUGUAAAGGAUCUCGUUUACCGCUAACUAUAGCUGAAAGUCCUCGUUUAUUAGUAGGUGGCACUGUUCGAGGUCCCCAAGUUAGUCGUGAUGCUGGUUUGUUAAGAGCUGGUACUGUUCGUGUUCAAAGCAAUAAAUCCAGACCCAGUAUUCUAAAAUCAAAUGGUGAUACCGAUCCUUACGAUUUAAUGCGUAGAAGUAGGCUAGCACCUCCUCAUGAAACGCGUAUAGGUAGUCAGUUUUCAACCACAAGGUCUCGCGCAAAAAGUAUUAGUCCUUGUCGAGUAAAAACUAAACAGCCGAGUCCCGAGGCUUUAAGUAAAAGCCGGAGUAAAUCCGUAAGCCGGGUGAAUGACUUAUGGAUAGAUGAAGAAACUAAUGUAGGUGAAAAAAAGAAAUCAAUCUUAUCAUGUGACAUAAAUCCCUAUGAUUUAGUAAAAGCAGGAUCUAAGUCUAUGGUUCAAAUAGAGUUUGACGAUUAUGAUGAUGUUUUCCAAGAACCUAUGAAAAAUAAAGGACGUACCACAAAUAAUUCUAAAUCUAAAUCUGAUAACGUCAAAGCUAUAAGUGGACAACGAAUCCGGGUAUCAAAUGAAUUGAAAACUUCUACUGGAGAAGAAGUAUCAGUAUACGAUCCCGUUAAUUAUGAUCUCAAAAACUAUGACUUUAAAUCUAAUGAUAUGUCAACAGCGCUAUCGUUACCAAACAUUAAAAAUGAAACUAAUAAGUCAGCAUCGUUAGGUAAAAGUAGUAAUAAAAAAAAUGGAGGCGCAUCUUCUGCAGCUCGUACAAAACAGAAAAGUAUUUCACCGAAAAGACCACCGAGAAGAGUAAGAAAUAAUAAAACAGACGAUGAUAGUGAAAGUGAUAAUCAACGUUUACAUGACAGAAGUCUCAACAAAAAAAUAACCAGUGAGAGUUGUCGCAAUUCUAAAUAUAAAAAUAAUAAUACAGAUACCAUAAAAUCGAUCCUUAAAAAACCUAGAAAUUACGAAUCAAAUGAUUCUAAUGCGAAAACCGAAACAUCUGAUGAUUCCUUUGAAAGUAAACGCGUUAAUGCAUCACUCUUUUAUAUCCCAAAGCCUAAAGAUAAAGGCUUACUUUCACCUCAAAAUAUUAAUCAAAGAAAGCGAGUUCAAUUUCUUGUUGAAAAUGAAGAAACCAAAGUCAUUUACACAGCUGAAUUAAACUUACACGAUAAUGGUAGUACAAAACAUAUGAACUCAAAUGUUAUUAUGGAGGUUGAAACUGAAGAAGACGUUGUUGCUGAAGGUGAUAUUGUUAGUCAGAGUUUGGAAACAAAUAUACAAGAAGUAAUUUGUUCUAAUGAGAAAACAGAACUUCAAAAUGAUUCUGGUGUUUACGAAGAUGUCCAAAUAAAUGUCCAACAGACUGAAAAAGAAGUGAUAGAAACCAUUCCACCAGCUUUGAAAAAUGAAAAUAAAAUUGAAAGCGAGAACAUUCUAACUAAUAAUGAAGAUAACAAUAUACCAAAAAUUCCCAUAUUACGACGUUCAGAAUCAGAAAGACUAGCUUCAGCUAUAUUAAUUUCACCACCAAAAUUUUUAGAUACUAUGGCGUUAAGAACAAAACCCAAAUAUGGUCAUACAAGUCAGGUAUUUUUGGAAUUUGUAAAUGAAAUAGAAUCAACAGCGCAACAACAAAAAACUCAGGAACUAAAAAAUAUACCUAAUAUUAUUGAUCAAGGUACUCCAGACAAAAAUGAUAUUGAUACAGGUAAUUUAAGUGACAAUAGUGAUAUUACGAGUAAAGUAUUGAAAAACUUACGUCGCGGUAUAUCUGGGUCACCAGAACCUCCACCCCGAUUGAAAUCUAAGUCUAAAAAACAUAAUUAUGUCAAAACUAGAUUUGUUCGUACUAAUUCCGCAAGUUCUACGAGCGAUGAAUGGUCGGAUUCAUAUGAUAAUGAACAAAAAACUGUUUUACGAGUGAAACAAUUCGAUUCUGAUGACGCAGAUGAACGAAAAGACUUAAAAGAUAUUUAUAAGAGUUCUGAUCUUGAACCAAGAAAAACCUCUAUUCAAAUAAAUGGUAACGAAUGCUAUUCUACUAUGAAUGUAAGUAGUGAUAUACCUAUAUAUCUAUCGUCUGUUGUUGUCAAUAAUGACUUCGGUAAUUCCUGUAAUACUUACCAAACUGGAACAACAGUAACAAUAAGUGUUGGUACAACACAAAAUGAGGUAAAGAAAUCUAAGAGUCAAAUAUACAUAGGUGCAACUUUUCCUGGAGACUAUUAUAAAAAAGAAGACUGUAAUACGUAUGAAGAUUAUUACAAUGAUGACCAAUACUCUAAUUUACAAAAUAAGAAUGAUAUAUCAUCUAUUUUAAAUGAUCCCGUUGAAGCUGUUAGAAGAAAUCUGAUACCUCAUGUUUGUGGUAAAAAAGAUGACGGUAUUGAUAACAGUCAACGACUUGAAAUUGGAAGUAAUACCUUAGAUAGUAACAAGCAGUCUGAAAGCGGUAAUCUAAUUACAAAACUGUUUGACGACCCAUUUUUUGCUCAUUUGGCAGAAGGACUUGAUACAGAUUUAGUCAAAAAGCUAAUAGAAAACUCAUUAAUAAAACUCCAGGAAACUAAACAUCAAGAAGGGACAGAAAGCAACAAAUUAACAAUAGAAAAACUAAUCGAAAGUUCUCUAAUAAACUUAAAAGAAGAGGUCGAAAAAGUAAAUAACAAAAAUGAUACUAUGGCUAGCGAUGUACAACCAAAGCCCCCUGUUGAAGAAAACAUAGAAACUGAUACUCACAGAUCGGACUGCCUAGAGGAACGUGAUGAUAAAGGCUGCUCAGCUCCCUAUGAAAGUAUGGAGUAUGAGAGCGGAGCGAUGGGUGUUUUUUCAGACCUUGAACCAAUGUCAGAUUGUUAUAAUGCGUCCGCGAGUGAAUUAUCUACCGAAGAUGAUACAAAUUCUACAAGAUCAAAAUUUUAUCAAAUGUUAGUAGACGCUGCAAUAUGUGAUAUUGAGAUCGCCAAUAAUACUGAUGAUGACCAUCAUUACGAAUCAAUCCGUUUAAAUAGUGAUCCAAUAUACGAAGAAAUAGGAGAUAUGCCACCACCUUUACCAAUAAAUCCUCCUCCGAAUUCUCUUUUAAUAUUAGACGAUGAAAAAAGAAGUGGGUCGCGUUCUAUUUUUGAGGGAGCGUCUAAAUAUGAUAUCUUAUCCUAUUUAGUAGAUGCUAAGGAAAGAGGAAUCGACGACGAAGAGACGUAUAUUACUAAUUAUGCCAAUGAAAGUGAAUCAUCUUCAUUGUUGAAUGAAUCUAAGACAAAAACGGAAAUGAUUAAAACACAUCUCAGCAGCAAUACAAGUCAAUUAUCACAUACGUCAGAUUCUAGUGAAGAUAACUCAUUGGUGAUAAAUCAAGAAGCUGUUGAAAAAGCUGUUGUUUGUAAGAAACCUUCGGCAGAAAUUGAAAGAAAUGAUUCGGGAGUGGGUUCGGAAACAAGCAAAUCAUCAAGAAGCAGGUUGCAAGGGAAGAUUACCCCAGGAAAUACUAUAAGUGAUAAAAAUACACCUAUUCAUUUGUGUGAGGAUUGUGAUACUGCGGUAGAAACCCAAAUAACUGAGCAAGGUUCUAUAUAUGCGCCAUUAGUUUGUCGAAAGUGUUCUAAAAAACGAACUGAAAGGAAAGAGAUUAUAACUGAAAUUGUAGAAACAGAAGAGAAAUAUGGACGUGACUUACAAAUAAUUCUUGAAGAAUUUUAUAAACCUAUGUUAGUGGCUGGUUUACUGACGCAAGAACAAUUAAGUGCUAUAUUUUUGAAUGUUGAAGAGUUAAUUGAAAACAAUCAAGUACUAUCAGAAAAAUUAAGAGACGCACUCGAAAUUGCAGUGGAACAAGGAGAUGAGGACUUGCUGACGGUUAACGUUGGAAAGAUCCUCUUGGAGUGUUCUGGCAUGCUGACAGCUUUUCAGUCGUACUGUGUCAAACAGGCAGGUGCUGCAUUACUUCUAGCUGGUCUAGAGAAGGAGAAGGAACUCUUAAGGAUAUUCUUACGCGUCUCGCAAAUGGAAAAUGCGGUCCUGAGAAGAAUGAAUCUUAACUCUUUUCUCAUGGUUCCGGUUCAACGCGUGACAAAAUAUCCGCUCCUUCUCUCAAGAUUAUAUCGUGCAACGCCAUCUUGCGCUUUGGAAAGAGAGGAUGUGAAGGGCGCUCAACGCUGUGUAGAAUGCAGACUUGAGGAAAUCAAUGCAGCGGCCGCUGCGGCAGCAGCUGCGGCUAGGGACGUUCCUCUCUGGCGCAGACUGGCGGCGGCAAGAAGAACCGCCCAUGAUUUGCACGUUGCAGAUAUAAGAUUGCGGAAAAUGGCAGUUGACGAACUUCAAUGGAAUCACGACGAUGCUAGGUUUGCAAUGGAGGGCAAGCUGCUGUUUACACAGCCAAACGACAACAACUGGCGGAAGGGUCGCACCAUCAAGUUGAUGCCGAUCAAUGCUCUUUUGGUAACUAACGGAAAGCCAACGAUCGCACAUAAAACGAACGAAAUACGGGAAACGAGAGAAGCAAGAGAUCGAGAGGCGAGAGAAAGAGAGGGAGAUGCUCUUUUCGCUCGCAGUGGAGUGAGAGAGGCUGCCCUGCUUCUAAUAAGAGAAAAGGCUGGAAGAUAUAUUUUACAGAGGGAGCCUCUAUUCCUCGACCGCUGCGUGGUCGCCGCUGAUUAUGAACCGGAACACUUUUUCGAAGUCCACGAGAUCACGACCAAGGAUUCUUUUAUUUUUAAGGCGGAAGAGAGCGCCCGCACCCGCACCUGGUACCGGCAGCUGCAGUACCACGCGCAGGGCGCUGGCGCCUGGCGCAAGCGGCGGAACGCGCUCGCCAACAUCAUGAUCAACCCGAUGCUUACUAGAAAUUAG